CCUGACCCGGAAGCGGGAGUUACGGCUGUUGCCUUCCUGGCUUGGGAGGAACGGAGUUGAAGUUGCGCUUUGGGGUAGCGCUCGGCUGAGGCUCCGCCGGCGGCGGUCACCGCGGGACGAUGAGGCGGGCAGAGAUGAAGCACGGAAAAUCGUCACAUCCAAAGGAUUUACUUGAAGUAGAAGAUCACUGACUACUACAAUGGAAAAGUCACGGAUGCUUUGGACCUUUGUUGAAAGAUGGCUACUAGCUUUGGCUUCCUGGUCUUGGGGUCUCUGCCGUAUUUCUCUUUUACCUUUGAUAGUAACUUUCCACUUGUAUGGAGGCAUCAUACUACUCUUACUAAUAUUUGUGUCAAUAGCAGGUAUAUUAUAUAAAUUCCAGGAUAUGCUGCUUUACUUUCCUGAACAGCCCUCUUCAUCACGCCUUUAUGUUCCUAUGCCUACUGGUAUACCACAUGAAAACAUCUUCAUCAAAACCAAAGAUGGAGUUCUUCUCAAUCUUAUUCUGCUGAGAUACACGGGGGACAAUGCAGCAUAUUCUCCAACCAUCAUUUACUUUCAUGGGAAUGCAGGCAACAUUGGCCACAGGUUGCCAAAUGCUUUGUUAAUGCUAGUAAACCUGAAAGUAAACUUAAUCCUAGUUGAUUAUAGAGGGUAUGGAAAAAGUGAAGGAGAAGCAAGUGAAGAAGGCCUGUACAUAGAUUCUGAGGCUGUGUUAGACUAUGUGAUGACUCGGUCUGAUCUUGAUAAAACAAAAAUUUUUCUCUUUGGCCGUUCCUUAGGGGGAGCAGUAGCUAUUCAUUUAGCAUCUGAAAAUUCCCAUAGGAUAUCUGCCAUCAUGGUUGAGAACACCUUUCUUAGCAUCCCACACAUGGCCAGCACUUUGUUUUCUUUCUUUCCAAUGAGAUACCUUCCUUUAUGGUGCUACAAAAAUAAGUUUUUGUCCUACAGAAAAAUCUCUCAGUGCAGAAUGCCUUCGCUCUUCAUCUCUGGGUUGUCUGACCAGUUAAUUCCACCAGUUAUGAUGAAGCAACUUUAUGAAUUAUCCCCAGCUCGGACUAAGAGAUUGGCAAUUUUUCCUGAUGGAACUCAUAAUGACACUUGGCAGUGCCAGGGAUAUUUCACUGCACUCGAACAGUUCAUCAAAGAUGUAAUAAAGAGUCAUUCCUCUGAAGAAAUGGCAAAAACAUCAUCUAAUGUAACAAUAAUAUAACUGAUAUUCUUCUUUGGUGUAGGGCUAUACCUGCACUGUGUCUUGGUUUGUGAGAAGUGGUAAAAGAAUGCCCAUUUUUAAAUGUAUGUCAUGUCUGUACUUGCCUGAAGAGUGAAAUUAAACUUUGAAAGGUCUGAUGCUUUAUUAAGAUGUUCCAGAUAACUUUUACAUUUGCAGCAUUGUAAAUGAACCAUUUUAUGUCUUUCUCAUACUUUUUUGAUAUCUGUCCAAAUACUCCAUUUGUUUGAUAUGUACAACAGUUGCUAUUAAAAGAAAAAAAAAAAAAAAACUU